AUGGAUCAAUUCUUGAAAUACACUAAGGUUUAUAGCGAAAAUACAGAAAAACUUAUUGGAAGAGAAUUUCAUAGAUUAAAAGAUCAAAUUUAUUUGGACAAUGCUGGCUCCGCACUUUAUGCUGAGUCCCAGUUACGUGAUGUAUUUAACGAAUUAUCUCAAAAUAUUUUUACAAAUCCACAUGCCAGAAACACCUACAGUAAAUUUACAGAGGAUGCAAUUGAUAUAACUAGAAACUUAAUUCUUCAACAUUUCAACACAAAUUCUGAAGAGUACUCGGUUAUAUUUACCUCGGGAGCAACGGAGUCUUUGAAACUCGUCGCAGAACAUUUUAAUUAUGGGAAAGAUGGAAUGUUAGUCCAUUUACAGAAUAAUCAUACAUCAGUUUUGGGUAUGAGGUGUUACGCUCCUAGGUCUGUGGAAUUAAAGGAUGAAGUUGCAUUCAAAUUACUAUCAGAAAAUAUAUUUUCAACAAAUUUAAAUACAGAUUGUGACAGUAACUCUCUUUUUGUAUACCCAGCUCAGUCUAACUUUUGUGGAACUAAAUAUCCAUUAGAUUGGAUAAAAACUGUUAAAAAUAGAAAAUUAAAUAAACUGGUCCAUACAUCUUCAAGAAAUUGGUAUGUCAUCCUCGACUGCGCUACGUAUGUUUCAACUAAUGACUUAGAUCUGUCUCAGUUUAAACCUGAUUUUGUGCCAAUUUCGUUUUAUAAAAUAUUUGGAUAUCCUACUGGUUUAGGCGCAUUGUUGGUAAAAAAUACAGCUGAACAUGUUCUGGGGGUAAAAUAUUUAGGUGGAGGUACCGUCUUUAUGGCACUCAGCUCUCAGAAUGUUAUGGUUCCUAGAAAAUUGUUAUAUGAAAAAUUUGAAUCUGGUACACUUCCAUUUUUAUCCAUAAUAGCGGUGAAAUAUGGUUUCGAGAUAUUAAAAAAGUUGAACUUAAAUUUCGACUUGAUUUCCAAACAUACAUUUGCUUUGGCUCAAUACGCUUACAGAAAUUUGCUUGUAAUGCAUCAUCCGAAUGAAAAACCUCUAGUUAAAUUAAAUCACGAAACUAAUUUUGACAGUUAUAUUACUCAAGGGGGCAUUGUUAAUUUUAAUUUGUUAAGAGACAAUGGAGAAUACAUUGGUUAUUCAGAGGUGUUACAUUUCGCAAAUUUGCACGGAAUCAUUUUAAGGACUGGAUGUUUUUGUAACCCAGGAGCAUGUCAAAAAUAUUUAAAUUUAUCCAACGACGAUGUUAGAAAACAGUUUAACUCUGGUCAUGUUUGUGGUGAUCAACAUGACUUGGUGGACGGAUAUCCAACGGGAGCAGUGAGAAUAUCUUUUGGUUAUUCAUCAACUAAAGAACACGUCGACAAAUUUCUACAGAUGAUCAAAAAUUGUUUUACAACCAAAGUUAUCAUGCAAGUACCUGUAAAUUGGAAUAACGUAAACAAUAAUUUUCAAACAAAUUCUAACGUUUGGCUUAAAAAUAACAGUGCUUCCGUGGUUGAAAGCAAGAAGAAAAAUAUUGAAAUUAAGGGGAAAUUAAAAAAUGUAUUUCUUUUUCCAAUUAAAUCUUGUGGUGCGUUCUCAGUAACUGACCAAUGGGAGAUAACUUCAACAGGAUUAAAAUAUGAUCGUCAAUGGAUGAUAAUUAAUUCAUCAGGAGUUAGUGUCACUCAAAAACAAAAUAGAAACUUAUGUCUAAUUAAACCUACUAUAGAUUUAACCAAAGAUCUUUUAAUAUUGAACUACAAAGGACAUCCAAGUAUUACUGUACCAUUGGAAAAUAUUAACAAAAAGGAACAGGACGCAUCACUUUGUCAAAGUAAAGUGUGUGGUGAUAAAAUUCAAGGUUGGGAUUGCGGUGAUGAAGUUGCUGAAUGGCUUUGCAAAGUUCUAGAUACUCCGGGUCUUAAACUGUUACAACAAUGCUCAGAUCUAGAAGAAAUUAAAGGCAGAAUAUACAAAAAAGGCGAAGGGCAUCAGUUAUCUUUAGCUAAUAAAGCUCAAUAUUUAUUAGUGAAUUAUGCUAGUAUAGAAUGGUUACGAACUAAAAUAGCUGAGGAAGACUUUUUGGAACAUAUCAAUAACACAAUUCAUCGAUUUAGACCCAACUUCGUCAUAUCUUUUCCAGAGGCAUUUCAGGAAACGGAUAUCAAAGAAUAUUUCUUUAACAAUUUAAAAUUUAAAUCAGGCGGAAAAUGUACCAGAUGUCAAAUGAUCUGCAUUGAUCAGUUUUCCGGACAAAUUUCAAAAGAACCAUUGGCUUCACUUUCCAGAGAGUUUCAAGGAAAAAUUUCCUUUGGUGUUUACCUUAACCACGUGGGACAUGAAAAGGAGUUUAUUCACCUAGACAGUGAAGUAACAGGAAUUUUUUAAAACAAAUUUUUGGUUAAAUGCUGAUAUAAAUUGUGAUAUACAAAAAGACUCGUAUAUGUAAAAGUCAUAAUAAUUAAAUUUUAAAACAAUAAAUAAGAAAUAAACGAAACUGUCUUGGGA